GGAAACUGUAGCUUUCAUUUAGGGUGUUGUCUUGACAGACACCGUUCCAUAUACCCCGUGAUCUCCAAAACAACAUAACAAAAGUGGGGGAAAAACAUGGCGAGCGGAGAGGAGGCCACAAAACGCCCCUUGGUAACCUCCUCUUCUGUCGGCCUGGAGGAUCUCUUCCCUGCCGGGACCUCGGAGCAGGCGUGCGGGGACGGGAACCCGGAGCUCGACCGCUUGCGGGAACAUCUCCAAGCUUGGCUAUCGCCGUACGAGCCCCUGCUGCUGUGGGUGCAGAGGCUGCUGGUCUGGGAGAGGCCGCUGUACAGCGUUUCAGCCGCCCUGACUCUUAACACUUUAUUCUGGCUUCUAUCCUCCACUUCCCUGCGGCCUCUGUUCCUGCUGAGUGUGUCCCUGCUGGGCCUGAUGCUGCUGGAGAGAUGGAAGCCCAAGGUACCCAUCAUUACAGUCCAACAUGCUGAGGUUGAACCUGCACAAAGCCCAACUUUGAGUUCGGAGCAUCAUCUGCUCAGCGUCCCGGAGCUCAGCCACCACCUCGCCGAGAGCUACCUGACCUGCUGCCUGUACCUGCAGGAGACGCUGCAGUACAAACGCAGAAACCAUGGAAGGUUCUGUGUGAUGAUGUGCAGCGGCUGCUUUGUCCUCGCUGUGGUUGGACAUUAUGUGCCAGGAAUCAUGAUUUCAUAUAUCAUAGCCCUCAGCGUGCUGCUGUGGCCCCUGGUGGUGUAUCAUGAGCUGAUCCAGAGGAUGUAUACCGGCUUGGAGCCGAUUCUGAUGAAACUGGACUACAGCAUGAAGGGCGACACCGAGCACCGGAAGCACGACAAGAGGAAGGUAAAAAAGGAGCUGGAGGAGGGGGAUGAGCCCAGAGCAGAAACAGAAAGUGAGAGCGAGGAAGAGGAGGAGGAAUUGUCCUGUUUUGCUCCAACGGUGGAUGUGAAAACGACAGCUCUGGCGAUGGCCAUCACAGACUCUGAACUGUCGGAUGAAGAAGCGUCCAUUUUGGAGAGCGGAGGCUUCCCGGUCUCUAGAGCCACCACGCCUCAACUAACUGAUUUCUCGGAAGACCUGGAACAGCCAAGUUUCCACAGCGACCCGGAGGAGGCUUACCUGCGAGAUCUUCCCGAGUUCCCCUCCGUGGAGGAGUUCCCCUCCAUAGAGCACAGUCUGCUUCACUUCCCCCCGCGACCUCAGGGCGAUAGCGGCCAGUCGGAGAAGGAACCGCUGAGCCCCGCCACGCUUCUCAUCCAGCACCUAGCGUCGCCUCUGCACUUUGUGAACACACAUUUCAACGGACACGGACGGCCACCGGGGGGCGAGGAGGGCGCCCUGCCGGGAGCGGGGGUAAGGGAAGAGGCGGAGGCAGAGGCGGAGGCGAAGGCGGCGGUUAGUCAGGGCACGCAGCGCUCCUUGGAGGCUCUGAGUGAGGAGAUAGUGAGCACGGCCAUCUCCACCGUCGUGCAGAACACUCUGUCGGCGCUGCUGCGCUCCGGCGAGGACCCCUCCCUGGCCGACUUCCUCCCGACUGAAACCCUACCGGGCGCUCUGGAGUCACCCAGCCAGUCUGCCGACACUACAGUGGGAGCGCUGGAUCCGGACAGAGACCCAGAGGACGGGGCUACGACGACGGAAAGCGCAACUGGCGAAGAGCACCCGGAUGACACUCUAGUAGCAACUGAGGAAGAGGACUUUGAGCUUUUGGACCAAAGCGAACUGGAGCAGGAGGACGAGGGUCUGGACAGAGAGGUGGGGGGGGCAGAUCCAGAUCCAGACGCACCUCAGCAACCACAGUCAUAGCCCCACUGGUGCCCCUUCCAUCUGCGUUUGUUUUUAAUUGUACAUCAUAUCCAUAAAACCCCCUAAAUAUAUAUAUGUCUCUCUCUCCAUAUAUAUGUAUAUAUAUAUAUAUAAUGCAUUAAUCCUGCAGUUUACUAGUGAGACUCCAUUCAGUAAAACAAAACUCUACUGUACCUUUUAAAGGGGACAUAUGGGAUAUUCCAUUUAAGAGCUACCCAUUCUAAUGUGUUUACAGUCAAACUUCUUCCAUUCUCUUUAUUACUCCCAAUAUCCUUUAAUUUAAAAAUCAAAAGCUGGUUCUGAUGAACCCGUUAUUGAUGCAAAGUCUGGGUUUAAAUUAGCUCAAGUUGAAAAUACUCCMGUCUUACGGGUGGGAAGCAGCCAGCACUUUGUAGAAAAGUUUAAAUUCAUGACAUGUUCAGGUAAAAUCCCUAAAUUUUCCCCUUUAUAUGAAGUGCUAGUCAGAUUUUUACUCAUCAUGGGAAAGAGUCUCACAGUCUUGGGCCUGGAUGUUUGUUACUUUUCAUUAGUCCUGUCUUCAUUCUAGUGGCAAUGAAACCACACCAUGAUGCUGCCACCACUGUGCUUGGCCUAUGGAACUAUGGAGUUUAAUGAAACUGCUUCCCAUGGUGAGUGUACCUGAACCUCAAAUGUGUCCCCUGGUUGAGACGGUACAGUAGAGGGUGUGUGUCCGUUUCCUCCUGAAUGUUUGAGGCAGAACUUGAAUGAAGGAUUAUCGGUUACAGGUUGUGGUUGCCUGGCAACUAGAAUCUGGCUCCUGAUUACAGUAGCUCACUAGCUGAAUCCGUCCAAGCAUUAAGUUUAUGAGAAGGUAAAAAUGAUGGAUUUAGAUUUCUAACUAUUAAUAUAUGCUAUAAAUUAUUUAAAUUAACAGCCAGCUAGUAUAGAAAGACUGAAAGUUUAUUUUUAUCCUUUUGGCUACCAUAUUGAUUGUAUAUAGGUGUACAUCCAGGUGUAAAUUAUAGGAAAAUUACACAAAUCCCUUACUGAACCUCUGCAUUUUCGUUUAAAAAAAAAAAAGAAGCAAUUUUUUUUAAUGACUCAUUGCCUGAAAAUUACAGCUUUGACAUUAUUGGAUGUUAUGAAUAAAGAAAUGGCACACAAGUGACUUUCAUGCGUGGGGAAACAAGAAAGAUGCUAUUUUUUUUUUCCUAUUGUCAUCUGUACAUAAUUGGUCCAUUUGUGACUGAAAACAAUAUUAUAUAGGCCCUACAUGUGUAUAGCUGUCACUGUUUGUUACUGUUCAUGCAUGCGGUGCAUCACGCAUGUAGGAAAAUCUUGUUUUCAGGGGACGUCGGCUUCUUUUUUUUCUUUCUAUUUUCUUUCUCCCUUUCCUGUAACGGCUGGGGAAUUGUUACAACAAUUUGCUCAGAAAUGAUCAAGUCCAUAAGGAGGGGCCUUCUCUGCUUUCAUAAACAACUCAGCAUCCGACUCAGGUUGUACAAAAGCGAACGUAACACAGCAGAAUAUGUCUCCGUUUCCUGACCAGUCGUAGUGCAUCGUAUUUAUACUAAUCUCUGAGCUGUUCUCUCCCAGUUGUUAAUAGUGUAGAAAUCCAAAAAAAAGAAGAAAAAAAAGAUGGAAAGUGUAUUUUCUGCAUGUAAAAACAGCACUGUUCAAGUUCUCCUUGUCUUCAGACAAAGUACUGCACAACUUGUGAUGGGGGGAAAAAAAAUCCAACAAACCGUUGAAUGCUUCAGGUGAAAAGAGGUUCAGUUUGAUAUUUUGUUACUAAUGAUGGAAAUAAAAGUUUAAUGUUUAAAGA